UCAUCUGGAUUUUUAAAUUAAUAUUUUAUUCUGCUGUACUGUGUUUGUGAGAUAAAGCAUAAUUUAGUCUUAUCAUUUAGUUAAUCAUCAAUGGAAUAUAAAUAUACUUAUAUUUUAGACUAUAUGUUUAUUUGAUGAAGUUGUUUUGCGUAAUUAUUUAGAUCGCAGAAAUGAGUUCAGUCGAGCGCAGAGCACGAAGAACUACCGAGAAUGAUGUCCAAGAUUCUUCAUAUCCUAUAAAUAGCACAAAUACAAGUGACUUAUCUACAUCUAAAGCUUUAAUAAUUGUAGCUAUAAUUUUUGGUACAUCGCUUUUAACAUUAGGAGUACUUUAUAGACAAUUUCCUCAAUUGGAAGAAAGUGAAAAGCAGUAUUUAAAGUUACCAUGGGACCUAGAAGAUGCAAAGAAUUUGGGUUUAGUUUUAGACCGAUAUAAGGACAAGUAUUUCCAUGAAGUAUUGUUUGGAGUAUUUUUAGUAUAUAUUUUUUUGCAAACAUUUGCAAUUCCGGGUUCUAUUUUUCUUAGUAUACUUUCAGGGUUUUUGUUUCCAUUUUAUUUAGCUUUAUUAUUAGUUUGCUGUUGUUCAGCGAUUGGGGCCAGUUUGUGCUUCUUUCUUUCAAAUCUACUUGGGAAGAAGAUUGUCAGAAAGUUUUUCCCAGAAAGGGCAGCUCAGUGGUCAAAAGCUGUGUCAAAACAUAGUAAUAAUUUACUCAAUUAUAUAAUAUUUUUGAGAGUAACUCCAUUUUUACCGAACUGGUUCAUAAAUAUGUCCGCACCUGUGAUUGGUGUGCCAUUAUUUCCAUUUGCUCUAGGAACUUUUAUUGGUGUUGCGCCACCAUCCUUUGUUGCCAUACAAGCAGGCCAAACUCUUCAUACACUAACCUCUACAAGUGACGCAUGGUCAUGGACAUCUGUGACAGUACUCACUAUCUUUGCCUUUGUGUCACUGAUACCAGUUGCACUUAAACAUAAAUUAAAACAAAAGUUUGAAUGA